CAAGCAGGCACUACCGGUAUCUGCAUGCGCGUCGAACACGAAGAAGAAAACUUGAACUACUCGAGAACGAUUGGAUGAACUUUUUGAAAACUGUUGUUGUUGUUUUUUUACGAGGUUGUUUUAAAAAGAUUUUCCUCUUUUUGGGGGGUUGUGGCUUUUUAAAUAAGACGUGACAACGGUGAAUUAUUGUAAGGGGAAAUAUUGAGGGAGUUCGCCCUUUGACGUUAGCAUGUUAGCUGUUAGCCGAGAGUUUCUGCAGCACUCUGCUGUAAACUUCACCGCCAGUGGACAAAAUGUCUGUUCGACGAGCUCUGGUGGACUGUACCGUGCUGUCGUUACAAGAUCCUUGUGUGUUUUAUCCGUGCUGCAAGAACUGCUUCUGCAGAAUGGAUGUGGAGCCACGUAACACGACGAGAUCCAGAUGUUCCAGGUGUGCCUAUAAUUGUGAAAGGUAUCAUCUGGAGUACAGAUAUCGUCUUUCAGUGUUGGUGACCAGGGACACAAGUAUAUUUGGAGUUACUGUGUUUGGCAGCUGUCUGAACCCAUUCUUUGGCAUCCCCGCAACUCAAUUUCAAAGAGUGUUGGAGAACUCGGAUGGACCGUCCGAGGCAUCAACCGGAUCCAAAUUGCUUGCCAGGGCCGUCGAGGACUGUUUUAUUGGCAGACAUCUUGUCUUUGGGAUAAAAGUCACAGAUUCACAAAGUUCCCCAUGGUUAGGAGAUCGUAAUCCAGGUGCUUCUGGUGGCAAGGACAUGCCCCAGUUUACCGCCACUCAGCUGAUUUUCCCAAAAGUCGCAGGCUUGGAAGGGCACUCUGUCCUCAGGUGCUAUCAGUGCCUCCUUCGGAAAGCAGACGAACCUCAGCGGGAAUCUAUUGAUUCCAACAAAUCCCGCGGGAUCAUGACCACAUUGCCACGACGGAUUCCUCAAGAUUCUCCUGCCAGCAGCUUCAAUAACGUCACUCUAUCCCGUCUUUUUUCCCACUCCCUGCAUAGGUCACAGCACCACGACGGCAGCCUCACUCCCACGCCGCCAUGGCAACAAUCGCUGGGACUUGUUACUUCAUCCGCCGAGCAGGAGGAAGAAGAGAAAGACUGCCGCACAUCUGAUGACAACCAAUCAACUGCCAAAGAGCAAUGCACUUUUUUUGACACGCCGCCGUUUUCUCUCUGCUCGCCAGCGAGAAAUAUUAUCGAUUCCUCCUUGAAGCUUUUGACCCCUGCUAUCCCUCCACGGUUGAAUUAUCCUCUGGUCUCCGAAUGUCAGGCCUCCAGGCAGCCGGAAGAUUCACUUUUGUCUCGUUCACUGGUGUGGGAAGAUUUGCCUUUUUCGGAGAGUCUGACAGCGUUUUUGAACGAGCAAGAUAAAUAUUUGGACACAACAAAAGACAACAACCUGCCUAAUGAAUCUAUUUCUGCUCGUACCAAUACCACAAAGGCGCCAGGAAGCAAGUCCCGGAUUUUAACAGACAUCGCUAACACUAAAGCGCUCAACGAAGAAGGUGAAGGUGUCUACAAUUGUUCUUUGGACCUCUUUAGUUUAAGCUCAGCGGACCUAUGCGAGGAAAUCGUGCAGCCGCCAAGGAGUCAAAAGCGCGUCAAAACAGCCACUGAAGCUCAUAAAACACCUUCUCGAGACAUAACACACUGGGAUCAUUCUUUAUGUCUUGACUUUAUUCCAUCUUCUCAGUCUACUCCCAAUGUUAGAAUUAGCCCAUCCUCCUCUUCCCCACAUCCAUUGUCAUCCCAGAGACUUAAAAACAUCUCAAAAAGACGAUUCCAGAAGCACCGUCUGGCAAUCCAGGGAGGGAUUCGGAACGGAAAGCCGGCAAGUGAAUGUGACACGCCUCGGAGAUGGUCAGCGGACGACUUUGUCAUUGUCCCUCCUACUCCUGCUAAACUCAAGGUGGAAAAUGAUUGCUCUCGGGAAAAAAUGCCAUCGCAUUUGGUGGUAACAAAGCGGUGUGAUGCAGCAGGCUUUGGUGGAAUCGCACAAUUGAACCACACAAUCAAAGAAACGCCAGCUAACGGUUCCCUAUUUAAAGACGAAGCCUGUGAUUGGUCCAGAGAUUUGUUCUCGGACUCUGUAUGAAAACUUCUGUCCCCACUUCCAUUGAAUUGAAUGAUAGGGUCACUAGCUGAUUUUAGCAAUAGACAGGGUAGCCCUGUGGAACCUCUGAAAUUGAACACAAUCCAUUGUGGAAUGCUUGCCCGCUUCUAAUUUGGUCAUCAUCAAUCAUCCUGUAACAUGUUUUAAAACUGAGAAGGAAAUUAGAUAUAUUAUCAAAUGUAAUGUUCCAAUCAUAUCUUCAAUUGUCGGUGUAUAUUGUUACGGGCUUUCCUGCAUAUGACAUAUGCAUAUAUGACAGCUCGGCCACCUGGGCAGACAUGUUUGGUCCCAGUUGACCAGCCGCAACAAUAUCAGUAGUUGUAGGGACAAAAACUAACAUGAACCAAUCCAUCCAGCUUCUAUAUCACUUGACCUCAUCUUUGCGGGCAUACACACGGAAAGGAGAUUGAAACUCCCAACCUCAGAAGGGCGAGGCAGACGUGAUGGGUGUCCUAAUUUAUAUGCACACUGCACUUUUUAUCGUAUCCAGCUCAGACAUGUUUAAGGUAGUGAAACUGCUGUGUGUGCGUGCACGCGCGUGAGAGAGAAUGAUCACAUGCUACAUAAUAACUUUAUGCCAAUAUUGCGUAAUUAAAAGUAGAUUUUAAAACCUGUAUGAUUGUAAUUCAACAAAGAUUGAAUAAAUGUAUAACAACAUA